UAUUCUAUAAGGAAAAAAAAAAAAAAUAGAACAUGCGACGUGGUACUCUAUAAAUCCCCCCAAAACCGCAACCUCUAUCAUCCUCAUCUACAUUUCAAUAAACACAAAGAGUUGAAAACAUUAAAUCGAUAUAUCAGAACUAAACCGGAUCUGAAAAAUGGCGAACGACCAAGUGAUUCUUCUUGAUUACUGGCCAAGCAUGUUCGGGAUGAGGACGAAGAUGGCUUUGGCUGAGAAAGGAGUCAAGUAUGAGUACAAGGAAACAGAUCCAUGGGUUAAGACUCCUUUACUCAUAGAGAUGAACCCGAUUCACAAGAAGAUUCCGGUUCUCAUCCACAACGGUAAACCGAUUUGUGAAUCUCUUAUUCAGCUUGAGUACAUUGAUGAGGUUUGGUCCGAUGCAUCCCCAAUCCUUCCCUCUGAUCCUUACCAGAAGUCUCGAGCUAGAUUUUGGGCUGAAUUCAUCGACAAAAAGUUUUACGACCCAUCAUGGAAGGUAUGGGCAACAAUGGGCGAAGAACAUGCAGCAGUGAAGAAGGAAUUGUUGGAACAUUUCAAGACACUUGAGACAGAGCUCGGAGACAAACCUUAUUACGGUGGUGAAGUAUUUGGAUACCUAGACAUUGCAUUAAUGGGAUACUACAGCUGGUUCAAGGCCAUGGAGAAAUUUGGUGAAUUCAGUAUCGAAACAGAGUUUCCUAUAUUGACUACGUGGACCAAGAGGUGUUUGGAAAGAGAGAGUGUGGUCAAGGCAUUGGCUGAUUCUGAUAGGAUCAUUGAGUAUGUUUAUGUCCUGAGGAAGAAAUUUGGAGCAGCGUAAAAAAAUGGUUUGGGUUUCAAGAAGGCUGUUAUUUUCUGUCUUUUAUAAUGUUUCAUGUGAGGUUUGUAAUUGUUAUUUCUGUCGUUUUGUUGAAAGUAUGAUAAACCGUAAUAACGAAAUGUUUACUGUACCCUAUUAAAUUCGACGACAUUGCACUCAAUUUGAAUAAACCGGAUUAGCUUCAGUAAACCAUCCGGUUUAAUCGAAGAGUCGUUUCAGUUCACGAACCGUACAUAUUAAUUCCG